AUGGUUGAUGAGACUAGUGACUCAGCGGCGAAGCCACAGGCCAAAAAGCGAAGACGAAGUCAAACGAGCCCUGCAGGACGAAAGAAGAAAGAAGACCAAGCUCAAUCAACCACGCCAACAAUUUUUGGUGAUCCGAUAAGAACAUUGAUCAUUGACAAUGGCGGAUUCAACCUCAAGUAUGGGUGGUCUACAGACCAACGUCCUGAGAUAAUCCCUAAUAUAACCGCUCGUCUGAAGCAUCAAUUCACGGUAUUAGUGGGAGAUGAAUUGAAUCAAGUGCAGAAUCCAAAUAGCCUGCAUGCUAACACCCGCUCAACUGAAAGAGGAAUGAUUGUGAACCUUGGAAACCAGACAUUGGUAUGGAAAAGAAUGCUUGACAAGCUUGGGGUCAUAGUACCACAAAAUUCUGAGGCUGCGGGAGCAUUUGGGUGGUCAAUAAACUCAAGAAAACGCACGGCUGUUGCUGAUUCCGAACAAAAAAUUCCAAGCAACACCGUUGCUGUACUUCUUCUUUUGCCACCACACUGUCCUCGUGUGCUGCUGAAUCAGAUUUUAAACGUUUGGUUGACUGACUUCGGAGUCUGUCGCAUUGGCUUUGCAAUAUCUUCCAUCAUGGCAGGUGAAGAGCAUUCGAAAUGGUGCACCUCCUGCACGAUCGAUCUUGGUUGGUCGUCCACAUUAGUCGUCCCAAGCUUCAAGAAAAAACCUGUAACCCAUACCGCCAUCCGACGGAUGCCUAUUGGUGGACGACACAUGAUUAACAUGCUGAAAUACUACAUGAGCUACAGACAGUACAAUCUUAUGGAGCAAGAGAUUAUAAUGCGGGAGGUAUUUGAAUGUUUGAGCUUUGUUGCCUUAGACUUUGGACAUGAAAUGAAAAUUGCGCAAGAUACUCCAGCAGGGAGGCGGCAUUAUGAUCGUGAUUUCAUUCUACCGGAUUAUCAAACAAGCCAUCGCAGUUCUACCAGACUUCCCUUAGCCCUGCAGAAAGAAAUCGAAAUGCAGCAAGCCGGGAUAGACAAUGAUCAAGAAGAGGACGACGAGGAUGACGACGAGGACUUCAAUGACGAGGGAAGUGAUGGAUCGAACUGUAGUGAAGGCGAUAACGACGUUGAAGACAAUGCCGACUCAGAAGACGAAACUGAAGAAGAAAAACGGACGAGACUCCUUCGAGAGAGGGCCGAGCGCGAACGGUUGCGGAAGGCUCAAGAACAGGAAGAACAAGCCCUUCUAGUGUCUGUGGAACGGUUCACUGUACCAGAAGUCCUCUUCCGGCCACAGGAUGCUGGGAUGCAGGCGCAACUAGUGGGACUUUCUCAGGCUGUUGUGCAAGCGGUUGAGGCCUGUCCGGAGCCAUACCAUCCCGCGCUUUACCGUUCCGUCUUCAUUACCGGUGGUGUCUCUAAAAUUCCCAAUUUGAAAGAAAGAUUAGAAGCCGAACUCCGAAGUCUUGUGUCCCCAGACUACCAAGUAUGCGUGGCAUCAUCCGAAUCUCCAAUUGCCCAGUGUUGGAUUGGGGGACAAAAGUGGAUAAAAGAUAAAAGCGUGGCGGAAUGGAGUAUUGGUGCUGAGUCAUUGGUUGCUACCCCUGACAAGCAAAGGGGGGUUUACAGCAGCUUACUUAUUCAAAAUGGAGGGUGGUACAUCUGA